UCGAAAGCGUUUUUUUUGGAAAGAAGAGGAACUUUGAUCAAUCUGGCAACCCAGUGAAUAUGACGCGCUUUCUGUGAGAUACAGUUGUGGUGAAAGCAGCGUCGAGCUGAUCGGACUGUCGCAUUUUCCAGCGCUGAACAGAGCGAUAAACGCCAGGAAUGUGUGCUCGGCGCUGCGCUGCGGACCAGAGGAACAGCCGGAGCAGCUAAUCUCCUCUCCCGGGACGGCUCUUCUGGAUUAGACCUGAUGGAGCUGGGCACACGACAAGAGCUGCAGGCAGCAGAUCCUGAUCUCCACUUGUCCCACGCCAGGGGCUGGUGAAGAACGGGCAUCUUCCUCAACCCCUUUCCCCUUCCCCUCGUCCAACGUCAUCCCCCCCACCCCUACCUCUUCUAAAGCCCUCGUCCAGCCUGCCCCUGGCUCCUCUACCUGCCCCUAAGAUGAUUGGCAAGCUGAAGCAGAACCUGCUGGUGGCCUGCUUGGUCAUCAGCUCUGUCACAGUGUUCUAUCUGGGUAGGCACGCCAUGGAGUGCCACCAGCGUUUCGAGGAGCACGGCCAACCGCUGCUGGGCAGCCUGCACGCCACGCUCCGUACGGGCCACAACCUCAGCAGCCCCUUUGUUUACAACAAGGACAUGCCCCUGAUCUUCAUCGGUGGUGUGCCUCGCAGCGGCACCACGCUCAUGAGAGCCAUGCUGGACGCCCACCCGGAGGUGCGCUGCGGCGAAGAGACCCGCGUCAUCCCUCGGAUCCUGGCCAUGAAGCAGAUGUGGAGCCGCUCGGGCCGGGAGAAGAUGCGCCUGGACGAGGCCGGGGUCACCGACGAGGUGCUGGACUCUGCAAUGCAGGCUUUUCUCCUAGAAAUCAUUGUGAAGCACGGUGAGCCGGCAACGUACCUGUGCAACAAAGACCCCUUUGCCCUCAAGUCCCUCACGUACCUAGCUAAGAUCUUCCCGCGUGCCAAGUUCAUCCUCAUGAUCCGCGACGGCCGGGCCUCCGUCCACUCCAUGAUCUCUCGCAAGGUGACCAUCGCCGGCUUUGACUUGAACAGCUACCGGGACUGUCUCACAAAGUGGAACCGGGCCAUUGAGACCAUGUACACUCAGUGCCUAGAGGCGGCAGAUAAGUGCCUGCCCGUGCACUACGAACAGCUUGUUCUGCACCCGGAGAAGUGGAUGAGGACGCUGCUAAAAUUCCUCAACAUUCCUUGGAACGAGGCCGUUCUGCAUCACGAGGAACUCAUCGGGAAAGCAGGAGGCGUGUCGCUCUCCAAGGUGGAGCGCUCCACAGAUCAGGUGAUCAAGCCCGUCAAUGUGGAGGCCCUGUCCAAGUGGGUGGGAAAGAUCCCAGUGGAUGUGCUUCGGGACAUGCCGGUCAUCGCUCCCAUGCUGGCCAGGCUUGGCUACGACCCCCACGCCAAUCCGCCUAACUACGGUCGGCCAGAUCCACGCGUCCUGGACAACACUAGAAGGGUGUUUAAAGGUGAAUUUCAGCUACCUGAUUUUCUUAAAGAACAAUCCCAGCUUCAGAAGUCUUCAGAAAAGCCAAAUCCAAGUUAGGAUGAUCACAGACAUUGAAUACACCCAUGGAACACUCAGGAGCAGCAGCAGUGGGACCACAAUGGACUUACACAGCCCCCGCUGGGACCUCCUCAUUCAAACACACACACACACACACACACAAAAUCAAUCACACACUGGCACCUUCAUGCCUACACACACACACACCACUCACAGCCCCAUGGGCCUGGACCACUUUAUGGAGAACUUUUGGCCUUUGAUGUUGUACUCUGACAAUUGUGGCCUAAGAAUGUCAAUGCUAUCUUGAAUUUUUCUCAUUUUUAUUGAUUUGUUUUUAUUAUUUUUUUAUUUGGUCACACCUUACUUGUACUCGUUUCCUGGCUACAUAAAUCUGUGAUUCUGUUAUAAGAAAAUACAGUGAAUAGCAAAGGAAGUAUUUAUGGACGUUACGAAAGUUAGCUUUUGAAGAUGCGAUAUCUAUUUUAAUGUUAAGUUUACUUUGAUGCCUUUUGUAAUGUGCAAUUCCUUGGGUGCUCCUGUACAAGAUCCACAGUCUCGAGGCUCAGAUGGCGGCGAAACACAAAACUGCAUUUCAUGCCCCUCAUUCACAGCAGUGGUCUUUUGUAGCCUGAUAAGAAUUGUCAGUGUUGAAGGCAAGAUAAUUGCUCAUAAUGUUUUUAUUUCCAUUGGAGGAAAAAAUGGGAUGUCAAAUAUAAAAUGCUUUUUUUGUACUGAAGUGUAAAACAUCAUUGCCAAUUUUUAUUUUAUUUUAUUUUUUUGGGGUGAAAUAAACACUUGAGCGCUGUAGGCUGCUAAUGUGCCCAGAGCAGUAUCCACUACA